UCCUCGUUGGUGAAACGUGACCUCCAGCACAUUUCAGAAUCAAAACAAUUUAACGAAUAUGCGGUUGUAUCGAUUAUUUCGAGUGGCCAAAAGAUAUUCCCAUAGAUGUUUCUGUACAGCUACACAAUCUCAACAGCCUACAGAUCUCACAAAGUACCUGACAUCUCGUAUCCAAGUCAAUGGGCCAAUGUCCGUGGCAGAAUACAUGAAGGAGGUCCUCACUAACCCUGUAUCUGGUUACUACAUGAAGAAGGAUGUGUUUGGACAAGAGGGUGACUUCAUUACUUCACCGGAAGUUAGCCAAAUGUUUGGCGAGCUCCUUGGGAUAUGGUGCAUUAACGAGUGGAUGAAGUCAGGGAUGCCGCCUUUAUUCCAGUUAGUUGAGCUGGGGCCUGGACGGGGAACACUUGCUGAUGACAUGCUGCGGACAUUUGCUCAGUUUCCAGCCUUCGGAGAAAAAGUUAGUUUACAUUUGGUUGAAGUAAGUCCUAAGAUGUCACAGCUACAAGAAGAGAAAUUGACAGGCAACCCAGGGAAGGUGGUCGAGGGUGAUGUAGAUAAUGUAGAACCUCCAUACAAAACAGCAAAGUCUAGACAUGGACCAAAUGUUAGCUGGUAUAAGGAUCUACGAGAAGUCCCUAAAGGAUUUUCCUGUUAUAUAGCAAAUGAAUUCUUUGAUGCACUACCAAUUUUUAAAUUUCAUAAAACAGAAGAAGGAUGGCGUGAAGUUAUGAUUGAUGUUAAUACCAGAAAAUCAAAUGAAGAUGAGAUAGCUGCUGGUAAGGCAGAUGCAGAUUUCAAAUAUGUCCUUGCUGGUGGUCAAACAUUCCCAGCAAAAGCAUUUUUAAAGCAUAUAGAGCCAAAUGACCCACGUAACCAUGUAGAAGUUUCACCAGUAAGCGGGGUCGUUGUAAUGGAGUUAGCAAAGAGAAUAGAAGAGGAAGGGGGUUUUUCUCUCAUCACAGACUAUGGCCAUGAUGGAGAUAAAACAGACACAUUUAGAGCAUUUAAGAAUCACAAACAGCAUAAUGCACUAAAGGAUCCUGGGACAGCUGAUUUGACAGCCGAUGUGGACUUUGCUUACCUUAAGUCAAUGGCAGAACCAAUAGCUAGAGUCUUUGGUCCUGUAUCUCAGUCUGAAUUUCUUCACAACAUGGGCAUUCUUGCCAGACUAAAGAUUUUAAUCAAAAAUAGCAAAGACGAAGAGACAGCCAAAACAUUGUUGAGCCAAUAUCAUAUGUUAACACACCCUGAGAAGAUGGGAAUCAGAUUUAAAUUCAUGGCCUUAUUAAAUAAUGAGAUUGAAAAGGAAUACAUACCAUCAGGUUUCAUAGACCCAUCCCAAUAUUGUCCCUUUGAGAAUGAGACCCCAUCAGAGUGAAAUGAUCCACAUAUUUAAUGUUAUUGUUGUGAUUACCUGUUUCAUGUAACUUUUUAACUGUGUCUUAAAUCAAGAUCAGUUGAAUUGAAAAAAUAGUACUGCAUAAAACUUGUUAUUAAUAAAACUCAUUUGCUGAACAAA